AUGCCCCAUUCCUCCAAUACUAUCAACCCCGCCCGGGCCAGUUUCAUCCAGGAUCUAAAGGGGGCUGUCGGUUUAGAGGCUCUGAAAACCUUGGACCCAAAUGCGACCGAGGUCCACAGCCCUCCCCCUGCAACCGGUUCCACGACCAGACUCGAGAGAUACCCGUGCACCACGCAGAAGCCUAUGCCUGCGACGAUCGCCGGUAUUACUAAUGUCGCGGCCCUUCAAGUCGGCUACGGAAAGGUGAUCCCUCGCUGGAAGACCGGAUCGACGAAAACUGUCAACUUUGCCGCUUUUGAAAACGGAUAUCCAAAGCCAGAGCUCGCCUUUCUAGCAGCUACGAAGUUAAAGGAAGCCGCCGACGAAUGGAAUGCGCUGAAACUAGGCAUUCAGCUUAACUGGGUUUAUAAAAUUGAGGAUGCCGCGUUUGUUCUCUCCUACGCAAAGAACGACAACCCCGCGGUCCUUGCCGAGGCCUUCUUCCCUAAUGAUCUGGAUUUGAAUGUGUUGAAUGUAUACCCCGCCGCAUUUGAGCCGGGAGCUGUGCAGUACUUGAAGAAUAUCUUCUUGCACGAGCUAGGUCAUGUACUGGGAUUCCGUCAUGAGUUUGCCCCAGAAUUGGAAAGCGACGAACAAUCGGUGCAAAUUGGUCCGCGCAACCCUACAUCGGUAAUGGCGUACGAAUUCCCUCCCCAGUUGCAGCCUUCGGACAUUGAGAACGCUAAAACUUUCUACCAAUUCCCUGGGAAAUAUAUUGGACAGGCACAAGGAGAACCAAAAUGGGGAUUGAUGAUUGUGGAUUACGAUGCAAACAACUAG